AUGCAGAAAAGCUCAGGUGAAUUAUGGUAUUCUAGGUCAGAAGUGUCUUUAACAAAUUUUCAAAUUGCGUUUAUUGUCAAAGAUUCGGAAUUACAAAAGUAUUAUUCACCUGUAGCAGGUUAUUUGAAGGCCAUACGUUGUCUUUGGGUAAAUUUCUUAUGUACAUUGAUGGGAAUUGCACAGCUUUUGAAAGAGAGUUUAUCAACAUCAAAAGCAGAAACCAACAAAGGAGAAACUGAAAUUUGUUACAUUAACGACCUUUUAAAUAGCAAACUAUUGCUCAACCAAACUUCCAACACACUUGGUGAACAAAUUCCUUCCUUUCUAAUGAUUUUAGAACAAACGUACUACUCUGACAAUCCGACGGUUUUAUUUUCACAAUUAGUUUGUGCCGAUGUUUUUCGGUUAGUUGUAGUUGGUUGUCUUCGUGUUCGUAGUAAAAAAAUUCCCGCAAAGCUGGUUUUUCAUCAAAGUUCGGAUGAAAUGCAAAUUGUUUAA